AUGAACGGCAUCAAUGUGGAUAUAAACCAUCUGAAAAAGGGAGAGGUCAACCUAGGAACUUCAAUUAUGGCCGUCAAGUUUGAUGGAGGUGUCAUUUUGGGGGCUGAUUCUCGUACCACUACAGGUGCUUACAUUGCCAACAGAGUAACAGAUAAAUUGACUCAAGUCCACGGCACCGUGUGGUGUUGUAGAUCAGGCUCUGCUGCAGAUACCCAAGCUGUUGCCGACAUAGUGAAGUAUCACUUAGAACUGUAUGAAGCCCAACAUGGAGCACCACCAACUACUAAGAUAGCUGCGUCAUUAUUCCAGGAAUUGUGCUACAACAACAAGGAUGCAUUAACAGCUGGUAUUAUCUGUGCCGGAUAUGAUGAUAAAGAGAAGGGUGCAAUUUACAGUAUCCCAAUUGGAGGUUCUAUUCACAAACAAGAAUAUGCCAUUGCCGGUUCGGGAUCGACGUUUAUUUAUGGAUACUGUAACAAGAAUUUCAAAAGCAAUAUGACAAGAGAUGAGACUGUUGAAUUUAUCAAAACUUCGUUGUCGCAGGCGAUCAAAUGGGAUGGAUCUUCAGGUGGUGUUAUACGAAUGGUUGUACUGACUGCGUCUGGAGUUGAAAGAUUAGUGUUCUACCCUGAAGAUUAUGUUAACGCUUAG